GUGCCGCGAAGAUGUGCUGAUCUGUUGCAGGAACGUCGUCUGUUUUCUUUAAUUGCUCUUCGACAUUUGGUGCCAGAAACCUUGAAUUCUGCAAAUUCAUCGAGGAUCUUAUUUCGAUUCAAUUUGAACAUUACUGCUAAUGGCCUAUGGUUAUGAUCCAAACCGCUUUCUUGAUCCAGUCAACGAAGAUUAUCUAUGCAAUAUUUGCCACGGUGUUUUUAACAAUCCACGAUUAUGCGAGGCAGAAGAGCACUACUUUUGUCUGAGUUGUAUUGAAGGAUAUCUUGUCCAUUCUCAAUCCUGCCCGAAAUGUCAACAACAUCUCACUCAAAAAACUUUGAAACAUCCCCAUUUUUUUUUGCCGAAGAUUUUGUCGCAGCUGAGAAUCAAGUGUGAUUACAACAGUCGAGGGUGUCCCAUAUUUACUCAGCUUAAAAUGUUGGACGAUCACGUCAGUGUUUGUGAAUAUCGUCCAGUUACGUGUGGAAAUUGUGGCCAGGAGGUGAACAAAAGAGAUGAAAACUACCAUAAAAGUUUCUGCCUGUUUGAUCGCUCCAAUAUUCAGGACUUGAAGGACAUCAAAAUGAAUCAAAAGGAAAUAAAGGAUAUGUUGACAACUAUGAUGAUGAUUAUGUCUGAAAGACAAGAAAAAUUUCCCGUAACCCUAGACAUGCGUGGGAAAGCACCACAAGUGGUGGAGAAUUCGCAAGGGGAAGAUCUGAUGGUAGUCACCAAUGGGUACAAGGAAGGUCAUACUUCCACGAAUACAUGCGAACAUAAAAUGAAAAAUGGUGAGACAAAAAUUAAUGAAUGUCAAGAUGAUGAUGUACGUAUGGAAGUUAUGAAAAUGAAGGAGAAUAUUUUAACGAUUAAACAAGAUUGCGAGGGAUUUAAAGGAGUGCUAAAUGAUCUAUUAGCAAGGAAUGCAACAGGUAUUAUCAUAUUUUCUGGUGGGUAUGGUUGUAAAAGCGAAACUACUUCUUCAAAUACUGUUGAACUGUAUUGUAUUGUUGAGAGGAGCUCUAGAAUUGUGCAACAAUUGGAGCAACCCUUGGUAUCGUCGGCAUUGUGUGUUCACGACAAUCGCAUCCUUGCUAUUGGUGGUGUCGAUGAUGAAGGUGACAGUGACAAGAUCAAGGUUUUGAAGAUGAGCCGACAUGUUUUGCAAUGCGCAAUAUUUGGAAAACUGCCUGUUAAAUUAUUUGGCCACGAUGUCGUUGUCCAUGAAGGAAAUUUAUAUGUAAUAGGCGGGUGUAAUUGGCACGAAAGGAGAACAUUGGACGAAAUCUAUCAGAUUGCUCUUACCCCACCUUUUACUGUCGAGCUGCUGACGAGAAUGCCCGAGCAAAGAAGACAUCACAGAGCAGAGCUUGUUAAUGGAAAGCUUUUUAUCUUGGGUGGAGCAUCUACCGGAUGCAGUAAAGAUGCCACUGGCAGGGUUGUCGUUUAUGAUUUUGGUGAGAAUAAGUUCAAGCCUUGUCCUUCGUUACCUCAGCCGGUUUCUCGUAUGUCCUCGGUCGUUUGGGGUGAGAUUAUUAUCGUUAUCGGGGGCAUGGAUAUGAGAGGCCGUGCAGUCAAUGACGUCAUCGCAUAUCACACGGUGACCGGGCGAUCUGAGAUGUUACCAUCCAUGCAGCACAAAAGGUACGGCAGCUCUGCCGUAAUCAUCGAUGACGUCAUUUUCGUGUUUGGUGGACGGAAUAAUGAGCAGGGAUAUCUCAACUCAGUGGAAACCUUCACCAUUGGUGGAAAUGGCUGGGAAGAACUGCCAGGAAUGAUAGAAGAAAGAUGUUGGGCAGCUGCUGUUGUGAAACCUUACAACUAUACAUUUCUCUAAGUCAUAGGCGUAUGAGGCGGAGGAAAAUUAUCGGAACAAAGGAACAACAAAAAACGAUUAUUAACUCUUUUUAUAAAUUUAUACUGUAUUCUCGUUUCUGAUUGGUCAAAACCCUCCAAAUAGAUCUCAAAAUACGGUUAAAUUUCAUAUUUCACUGGUUGUGACGUCAUACAGAGGGAUAUUGAUUUUUUUGGAUCGAAUUUCGAUUUUUCAUUCAUGUGUUGAAGAACGAUUUUUUUUCAUCUUUGCACGUAAAACUAUUUAAAACGAUAAUGUUGUGACGUAAUUAGUAUAUUUGGUCGGGUCUCGGUGUUUUUCGCUCUUUUUAUUUAACUUCGAAAUUUCGAGCAUGGAACAAUGUUGCGAAGCACAUUUGAGAAGCACUUGUUUUAAAUUAGGCGUGUUUUUAAUACGCGAUUAAUUAUAUAUAUUCGUUGCGAUUCUUUAUAUUUCUUCAUUGGCUGAAAGCAGGUGCGAAAGCAGCUGUAAUUUCUACAGCCAAUAAUAAUUGUAAUCUUGUUUAGCGUGCACGGUGAUAACACUAUUAUACGUGGUAUUAAUGAGUCAUUAAUGAU